AUGUCGGGCAUUUGCCGCACGCGGCUGCAAGAGGAACGGAAGCAAUGGCGCAAAGAUCAUCCUUUUGGAUUUUACGCUCGCCCAGAGAAAGAGGCAGACGGCUCGCUCAACUUGCUCGUAUGGGAAGUCGGUAUCCCCGGUAAACAAAAUACACCGUGGGAGAGCGAGUACCCUUCGAAACCCCCAAAAUGCACGGUGUGUCUUUCGAUCCUUGACGAAGAAAAGAGCUGGAAACCCGCGAUUACGAUCAAACAAAUUCUGCUUGGGAUACAAGAUUUGCUCAACGACCCCAAUCCGGGCGAUCCAGCACAAGCGGACGCAUUCCAUCUCUUCCGCCAGGACAAGGCGGCUUACGAACGCAAAGUGCGCCAAAUUGCACGCGAAAUGCAGGCGCAAGGGCAGCUUGCAUAA